AAAUUCAAUUUUGUCUUUUUUGUAUGUUCAGCAUAUUUUAUCGCUAAAUAUUUCAUAUCUUAACUUCUUAUAUCAUCAAAAUGACAACAACCAGAGCUGACGGGCUGCCUUUUCUUCCUGGGAAUACAUUCAAAGAUCCCACGAAAACUCGAUUCCAUGUUUCCAAUACGCUCGGAUUCAAGAAUGGAUACGCAAUCCAACAGAGACCAACAGUUGGACUUGGAGGUGAAAGGCUGGUUCACAACCAGUUAUCAGAAGCAGAACUUGAUGAAUUGGCCAAGAAGAUGCCGACACUGACGUAUGGACAAGCGAAACAAGCUCCUCCUGAAACAUUCGUACCAGCUCAUCUCGCUUUUGAUAAAAAGGUUCUAAAGUACAAAGCGUACUUCAAAGAAACAGUUCACGAAAGUGCGUCUGAGUUUUACCGAGUUCGUCCAGUCGAUAUCUACUAUUACCUGGAAGAUGACAGUAUAGCUGUCGUUGAACCGGCUGUUGAGAACUCAGGAAUGCCUCAGGGCAAGUUGAUCAAGAGACAACGACUCCCUAAGAACGACCAAGGAGACAACUGGCAUUGGAAGGAUUUGAAUCUUGGGAUGAACGUGACGUUUUAUGGAAAAGUAUUCAGACUGACAAACUGUGACAAGUUUACAGCUGACUUCAUGGAAAGUGAAGGUUUGAUUCUGAGUUCCCCAGAGUCGAUACCAAGUGAUCCGUACACACAAUCUCGAAGACAGCCACUGCGUUCAUACACCACUCCCUCUGACUUCGAUAAAUUGAAGAAAUUUUUGAAAUUGGACAGGAAGGUUCUUCGCUUCUAUUGCGUGUGGGACGAUCGUGACGCCAUGUUCGGUGAGAUGCGACCGUUCGUACUUCAUUAUUUCUUGGUGGAUGACACAAUCGAAAUCCGUGAAGUUCAUGAACCAAACGAUGGACGAGAUCCUUUCCCUGUGUUGCUGAGGAGACAAAGACUCCCUAUUGAUAGAUAUGACGUUGAAUCGUCCUUCCCAAUGGUAGUUAUGGAACUAUCAGACCAUGAAGUAAAGCAAUGGUUCAAUCCGUCAGACUUUGGAAUUGGAAAGACGUUGUUCAUUUAUGGAAGAAGAUUCCUCAUCUAUGAUUGCGAUAACUUCACGAAAAACUAUUACCGUACAAUGAGCGGCAUUCAGGACUUCACUCCAAUCCCAGUCAAAGGAAGAGCAAAGGAUCUUUCGAAGAUGGAACUUCCCCCGUACAAUGGUUUCGGAUCUUUGGAAGAUUCCAAACAGAAUUGUCUGAGUCUUGUCCCGCAACCUCCUAAGAAAGAUUUCAUCAAGAUGUUGGAAAAUGAUCACAAGAUUCUUAGAUACGAAGCUAGAUUGGAUUCAGUCCGUCCAGAUGACAAAGAUCGUCGCUUCAUUCUCUCCUAUCGUCUCUCUGACGAUAUGAUCAGUAUUUUCGAACCCCCCCAACGAAACUCUGGAAUCAUCGGUGGAAAAUUCCUUGAAGCGACUCGAAUCUCAAAACCAGGAUCUGACAUUGAGAAUCCUGAGUUCUAUGGCCCAGGUGACUUCGCGAUUGGAAGUGUUGUCCACAUCUUCAAACAUCGAUUUCUAAUCACAAAUUGCGACGAAUACGUGUUGAAAGUUUUAGAAGCAAACGCAGACCAGUACCCUGUCUCCACCAUCGAAAGCAUUCGACAAAAACAUGGAAAAUCCUCCCCAUUAAAGCCAGCGACACAAGAUGAACAGUAGAACAUUUUCAAGAAAUUUUAUAUGUUUGUUGUUUUUACUUAAGUUUCUGCUAUAUUCUACCAUUUAUGGUAAAAUUCAAUUAGAUUUUGAUUAUUUUCAUGAAACUCCUCCAGGAUGAUCAGUUUACUUUACGUUUCUGUUAUAUUCUACCAUUUAUGGUAAAAUUGAAUUAAAUAUUUUAAUGAAAUUUGAUUAUUUUAGAAUAUGUAACCGCUUGCAAUGAAAUCUUUUUCGAAAUGAAAUUUACUUUCAAGUACCAUUUCUGCAUUAUAUUUAAAAAUACUUUAUCAAGUUUUGCAGCUUCUUUCAGAAAUCUAAAUAAGUUUCAAAUAAAAUGCACGUCUUUCAAGCUAUUCUCAUAUAUUAAUGAAAACCCUACAUUUUCAUGACCGCUUGUUUAGAGCCCAUCGCACACAAGAGCUGUAUCUAUUAGUUGUUCACUGUAAUUCAGUAAUUGUCACUGUAAAAGUAUUUUUAUUGUUUAUCUAAUGUUUGAAAAUUAUGGAAAGGACCGGCAUGGCCCAGGAUAAUUGCCUGUGGUUCUUCUUUUGGCCGAACAUAUUCCUGACCUGAUCUAUGUUUUUGCACGAUUUGUAAAUAUGGAAAUUGAAAUAAAUAUAUUUGUAUUUAGA